GCAGGUUUUCAGGAUGGCAAAACUGUAGCCAAUGUGCGUUGCUUGACGUUCCCAUGAAAAACCCGCCAAGUAAAAAUUUACCCGGUAUCCGCCCGAUAUUAGUCUAACCUCGAAUUGAUCUAUUGGAAACCAAAAAGUUAAUAAUGUGGGGAGAGAAAGCAUUCUCGACUGAUGGGGGUGGCUAUUUUGACUCGUCAGUAGUCCAGUCACCAGCAACAGGGGCCUCAAAACGUGGUCUAAAACGAGCCCAAAAUAUUGUCCCCGUGAUGAUGAAGCACUUGGUGGAUGCGCCGGAGGAACUGAAAAUUUGGGGUAUGGAUGUCCAGAUAAUAACAGUCGUCGGUAUUGUUCGUGGAAUCAAGCCUACAACAACAAAAAUAUCAUAUGACAUCGAGGAUGAGACUGGGAAAAUGACUGCGUUCCAGUGGCUGGAAGCCGACAAAAGUGCACAAGAGCCAGCAAUUGAAGUCAAUACUUAUGUACGAGUCUAUGGUUCGCUUCGCGAACAGCAUCAGGAAAAACAUAUCCUCGUCAUGAGAAUGCGACCGAUUACUAACUUGAAUGAGCUAACUUCCCAUCUUCUAGAAGUAAUAUACGUGGCUCUGAAGGGAGAGCGGUUGAGUGACACCGGUAGUUCUGCUAUGCCAGAUGUGCAAAACACGGCUCCAUUGUUUGGUAUGGAGAAUUCUCUGAUGGAGCCUUCAAUAUUGGGAGCCAGUGUGGGUGGUAUGACCAAUGAGCAAAAAGAGGUUUUCAAGAUAAUACAAACUGAUGACUCGCUAAGCGGUAUUGAAAGAGAUCAGAUUAAGAAACGGGUUCCCCAACACAUCAAAUCCCGGGUUGAUGAUAUUCUUGAUUUUCUUGCCAGUGAAGGACACAUUUAUACAACGCUAACUGAUGAUCACUUCAAGACUACAUGAAGUCAAAUAAAACUGCAGUUUGUACUCAUUGAUCAGGUCAUUUGUUAUGGAUAUAAGUAUGAGGAACCAUAAUUGUGUUUAUCAAUUCCAUGUAUUAUUAUUAUCUAAGUGAAACCAAAUUUACAUUUCCAUUAAAAACAAACAAAAAUAUUAAUUCAUAUGUUUGGUAAACGUUAUACCUAUUCAUAUUAUGUGUUCAAUUAGUACUAGAUUAUUAUGAUUUGGUCAAUAUAAAAUACACGGUUAUUAUGUAA